CUCUAACUCUCUGUCUAUAUCUCUCUCAAUCUGUCUCUCUAACUUUCAUCUUCUUCUCUGUCUCUUCAUCUGUGUGCGGACUCUACUAAGGCGAGUCCGUUGGUUCUGUUUUUCUUUUACAUUUGUGCCGAGAGCUUCCUUUUUGGUACCUGUUUAUUGUGUUACGCUUCUGUUGCAAGCUGUAUAAAACCGUACAAGCCCGGCCUGAAUCAGUAAUCAGUUUUGCGUGCGUUGAUUCAUUCGAGCUACAACACUGGCUCGCUCUUGUGCAUCUAACGUGUGUUGCGAUGCGUUUUGUAAUAUUUGUGCUUCCAAACUACUCUUUCUCUCUCUCUCUCUCUAUAUAUAUAUAUAUCUAUACAAACCGAUAUACGAUCUGUCUCUAUCUAUCGCUCUCUUUGUCUCUCUGUCUCUGUCUCUAUCUCUCGCUCUCUCAUCCUUGUUGCGUACAUACAUCAUGUAUCUUAUACCUACAUAUAAACUAUUAUACAUAUAUAUUACUAGACAUGUGUAUAUCUGGACAUUUUUGUUGUACACUAUAUUGAGUGACCAUGCGUGUUUUUUCUGUCGCUUGAAUGCUUCGUCUUCUUUCCACCCACGUGUAAUGUGUUUUUUUGUCUACAAAACGGCACGGGUUGCUUGGGAAGCUUCCUUAAUACACACUCGUCACUCUAAUUCUUACAGAAUAUAAUUGCACAGUUUACAGUGGUCGCCGAUGCAUCAAAGAUCCGAGCGUCAACACGAUCUCUACCAGCGUCGCGUAUUUGCGACGAUCAAUGUUCCAUAUUUUACGCAGAGAAGAUUAAAUUACACUCACUCGUGUUUUGCUCUAAUAUCCUAACUCAUCGUAUAAUAUACAGGAAGUCGUAGAAGUUUAUUUCUUAAUUACUAUCUCUACGUUUCAUUUAACACGUUGACCACGCCGAAAUCACCUGUUUUACUCAGAACGCCACUCAAAAAUAAAAAGGAAGUAUUAUCAAUUAUUUGACAACCCAAUCUUUGUAUUCAACAUUAGUCAUCUUACAAGCUACAAUUAUUUUCUCGUUGUUUUGAAACCCCGGUCACCGAUGACCAUCAUAGCGCUAGAGAAGGAACAAUUUGCGGUCACAUAUGACCACCAUGGCGGUCAACGUGUUAAGGAAAUACUCUAACCUCGACUGCGAUUGAAAGAAAUGCUGGUAACGAAGUGAACGUAACCGCGAAGUCGUUUUCCCCGUGAAUUACGUUAAUCGAACACUCGUUCAUUCAAUCGCGAGCGCGUGCGAGAGCCAAUUAAACAUCCAAACCGUCGAGUAUCUCAUUGCCUAUUCAAAUAUCCCGCGUAUCGAUCCGUCGAGGGCCAUCGGGCGCAUUAAAUUCCGGGGAGAUAGCGUUCCGGAAUAAACAAGUCAGCAGUUAUCCGACUUAUCGCGAAACAUCCGCGACGUUCGAAGCCAUUCCAGCCUUUCCGAGAUAUCAUCAAGCCCGGGCAAUAAGACGGAGCAAUCGCCGUUCCGGAGAUUUCGCGAGGAGAUGUGCACGGUGUCUCGCGUGUACGCCGCCAUAACGCUUCGCGCUCGCCUAUCAGCCGCGGCUAUCAAACGUCCUCGGAUAUUCUUGGCAAUCCGAGGUCGGGAUAAAAGACGGCCGAUUCUCUGCUCAUCUCCGACGACCACCUUGAUAGGACUCUUGAAGACGGCACGUCUUCUGCGACUCGUCAGAGUAGCUAGGAAAAUCGACAGGUACAGCGAGUAUGGAGCUGCGGUAUUGCUCCUUUUGAUGGCCACGUUCGCUCUUUUUGCUCACUGGCUGGCGUGCGUAUGGUACGCUAUAGGGAACGCGGAAAGGCCAAUGUUGAAGAGUAAAGUCGGCUGGCUCGACAUUCUGGCGAACGACACGCAUCAGUUUUAUUUUCACAACAACACCGGAGGGCCGAGUAUAAAGAGCCGCUAUAUCACAGCACUGUACUUCACCUUUAGUAGUUUAACGUCGGUGGGCUUUGGAAACGUAGCGCCGAACACGGACGCCGAGAAGAUCUUCACGAUAGUCGUUAUGCUGAUCGGAUCUCUGAUGUACGCCAGCAUCUUCGGUAACGUCUCGGCGAUCAUUCAGAGGCUUUACAGCGGCACGGCGAGAUAUCACACGCAGAUGCUCCGGGUCCGCGAGUUCAUACGGUUCCACCAGAUCCCGAAUCCGCUCCGUCAGCGGCUGGAAGAGUAUUUCCAGCACGCUUGGACCUACACGAACGGGAUCGACAUGAACAGUGUUCUGAAAGGAUUCCCCGAGUGCCUUCAGGCGGACAUUUGUCUUCAUCUGAAUAGAAAUCUUUUAAACAACUGUAGAGCGUUCGAGGGCGCCAGCCAAGGUUGUUUAAGGGCGUUAUCUUUAAAGUUUAAAACCACCCACGCACCGCCAGGCGACACGUUGGUUCAUCGCGGUGACGUGCUCACGUCCCUGUACUUCAUAUCGCGCGGCAGCAUAGAGAUAUUAAAGGGCGACCUGAUGAUGGCGAUCCUGGGCAAGGACGACAUAUUCGGCGAGAAUCCUUGCAUCUAUCCGACCGUCGGCAAAUCGUCGUGCAACGUGCGCGCUCUGACCUACUGUGAUCUGCACAAGAUACACAGGGACGAUCUGUUGGACGUUCUGGCCCUUUAUCCGGAAUUCUCGAACCACUUCAGCCAGAAUCUCGAGAUCACUUUUAAUCUUCGAGACGAGGAACAAGCUGGCGUGGACCCGAUGUCUGCAAAAUUUCCUGUCAGCACUCCAACGGACGUCGAAGUCGACGCUAGGAGAUUCGCUUUCCGUCCACCAAGAUACCGCCGAGGACUCGGGGGAGGUCCCGGCACCAAUCUUAUCCCCACCGAUCGACAAGACUCCCUGCAGGGUGAACAGGAAGAAUACGACAAACCGAGCGGUCAUGGAAUCCUGGAGUUCAGCACGGACAAAGCCGGCCAGGACGUGACACCGUUGAACCUGGAGUUCGACGAGCCGAAGCAGAGAAGCUCGACGUUGAACUCUAUAACCGGCAUGCUAACCCAUCUCAAGCGCAGUAUACCGGACCUAUGUCAGCACAAGAUCCAUCUGCAGCCACUGACGAGUCACGAUUACCUCGCCAAGCAGAUGACCACGCCGUUGACGAAACCAGCGAGGAGGAGCUCGGCCGCCGGUGAAAGCUGCCUCAGCCAGAACGCGGUGCACGCGACCUCUACGACGUCCAGUCAUUACACCACGCCGUCGCCACCUCAACAUCCGCAGUCUCACGGUGACUUUCAGAGUGGACCAGGCCGGCCUAUAAAAGACAUAAACGCGCGAAUAGAUCAGUUGUCGCGCCAGGUGUCCUCUCUGGAGCACUCGAUGGCAGGGGACAUUAAGUUGAUCCUGACGCUGCUUCAGCAGACGCUCAACUCGUCCAGGGAGAGCUCCAGCAUCGAGAUGAUGCCUGGCACAGCUCCUGCUGGCACCGGCAAGCAGACCAGUAGAGCUCCGGCGUUGGUCCAACGAUCGGCUAGCGAACCACAGCCACCGACUGUGCCACCUUCGAGCAACGGAAACGGAAAGAUCCAGCCAAGCACGUCCCACGGCUUGUUCAGCUUUCUUUCGAAAUCCCUGGAUCAGUUGCAUUUGAUUUCGGCGUCUUUUAUUUUGGAAAGGUUGGACAAGUUCCGAAGACCGCAGACGAGGGAACCAACGUCCACGUCCUCGGGAACGUCUCGUCUGACGGUGACGUCGGACACGUCCGCCCUGGCGACGGCCCUCCAGUCGGCGUUGAACGGAAGGACGGCGCCGACCAGGUCGCAGAGCCAACCCGUCGACCUGGCGGUGCCACCCACCGCGCAGCAGACGCACCUGCCACACGCCUGGCACAGCCAACCUGCCGCCUUCAGGAGAGGAGAGUUCAGGAGCGGGUACAGCUCGUUCAACAAGCGGUCGGAGCCUGAAGGCGACGACCCGUGGAGCUGCGUGGUGCCUGUUUCGGACCGAGGAAACGGCCAGCGUCCCAGGAGCAGCGAGUCGCGAAAGGAGCCAACGAAUCACCGUGGUUCCAGCGACCUGGCGAGCAGUCAGCGUUCGGACACCAGACAACCCAUCGCCCAGGAGGGCACGGGUCAGGCGUCUGGCCCACGGCAGGAGUCCUCGAGGCAGACCAGCGAGGACAUGUCCUGGGAAUUCACGAUAAACGAGGCGCCAAUCGCGAGAUUGGAGUCUUUAGACGAGCUAGACCAGGACCACGGCAGUUAAGGGCUACGAUCUCGCCGAGUUUCGAAGCAAAUCUCAUGGCUUGACGCGACGCGGCGCGAGGCGAGGCGUCGUCGAGCGGCCGAUCAUCGUAUUCGGAUGGCUGUGGACCCCUUCCGUUUCCCUGCGAACGAACCAGCGUGCGCGGCUCCGAGAUAUGUGAAACGCUCGUCGGCUCGAUUUUCUUCUGAAGCCCUGGCGGUCCGAUUCGUCCCGAUCUCGAUUCGUUGUGUAUUCCAUUUCGCGAUGGCGUUCGCACAAAACUGUGAACUGCGCGGUACCGAUGCUACUGGUUUUACUGUUUUCCUUUUGGUUUUCAUUUCCCUUUGAAUGCUGACUUUCUUAUUUCUGUUUCAUAUUGAAUGAUCGAUCAUAACGAAGAAAUCAACUUCGGUACUCCUCCGAGUAUACAACACUCGUCUCCAUGAUUUUGCUUGUUCCUCAAAGCGCGCAUGAUCUUGAGAAGAAAAUCGACCGACGGUCGUCCGAGCGACGAAUUGUGAGCUCGAGGAACGAGAAGCCGAGGGGAAAAGUGUGAGAACGGAAGACAGGAGCGGCGUUUCUCGCGGAAACCCUUCGAGAAGCGCGUGUCUCGUGGAAAGACGCAUUGAAUCCGAGGCCCCCUUUU